AUGGACGAUCUUACUGAGAACGCCUUAGCCAUUUCUGAUGAUGAAGAUAUUAGGCUUACGAUGGUUUUCGGUUUCAUUUUAACGCUGGUGUCAAUUUUCUGCAACACAUUGUGGUUUUUAAGUCAUUUUGCUAUCUUUUUAAUUCAUUAUUUUAUUGUUUUAUUAAUUCUUCUCUGUGUUGUCUCAAAAUUCAUCAAACUUAACUCAAUUUCAUUUGAGUCAAUACAGAAAGUUUUCAUCCCAAAUGGAUAUCCACUAUCUUAUCUUGGAUCAGUUUUUGAUGUCCCCGAGAACUCGAAAGCAAGCUUUGAAUACAGCUGCUCUCACAACUGCCCACGAAUCUUCUUCAGUCUUGACAUGACUGAAUGUGGUCAAUUAGUGGUGCUUGACAAACAAACUCUUGAAAAAGCGAACAUUCACACUCCCAUCAACAAAACUAAGUUCGAUGAAAUCAAGAAUCUAAACAUUUCCGAUUCCCAUCCUUUGGGCAAACAAUUUGGAUAUCAAAAGAUUCUCACCCUUGAUGCGUUGCUUAAAAUAUUGGAGCCUUUAAAUGUUGUUGUUAUAUUAAAUGCCACAAGAACUGGAUCGUCUUUUAUAGAGAAACUUAAGCAGACAAUAUCAACACACGAUCCCAUGUUUACAAAGAAAAUCAUAUUUUGUUGUCGGUCACCAAUUGUCGUUUACAAGUUGAGGAAACUUUUCCCGAAUCUUAUGUGUGCUAUUUGGAUUGAUAAUUUAAGUUCAUGGCGUAAUAAUAAACGAAUUUUUAAACUAUUAACAAUCCUUCGAUCGAUUCAUGAUGUUUUAUUACGCAAUCUCAUUGGUCCCAUCAUUGGAAUAAGCUUAGUGUUUGUGCAUAAAGAUGAGUUUAACACACAUAUAUCAGAAUUGUGGCAAAAUUGUGGAGUCAUCCCAAUAGUCUACUUUGUAAAUUCACCAAGUGAGAAGCGUUAUUAUCAGAAUGUCAUUAAAACUCGCUAUUUAACGUCAUCUUUAAGGUCCGAGCCGCAAAUCAUUUUCAACAACAACAAAAUCUAAGAAACUUUCAUCGGAUUGUUAAUCAGAAAACAUGAUGAGAUUUCCAGUAUUCUUGAAACCAAAACUAAACUAAUAACAUAAUCAAUCAAGCUUUUAAAUAAUGGAAAAUUGUUUAAAAGAUGUGAAACUUUAAAGAAGUUGUGAAUUUUCUUUAAUUGAUUCAAACUUUCAUAGCUUGCGAUAAAUUUUCAUGAAUCUUUCAACAUUAAUCUUUAAUCAUAAAAUUGAACUAACAUGACAACUGAAACAAAACGAACGAAGUCCUUCAUAAAUAUUUUUAUUCGAUCGAUUUUUAUAUUUUUAACUGUUCAAAGAAUUUUAUUGACCCAACGGAAUUAUAAUUUUAUGUUUGUACCUCAGGCGAGCAAUGCUCCAAAUCGAUAUGAAAUGUUAAUGGCCAUUAAUUAGCUUUUAAAAUUAUUUUUUAUACUUUAUCCGUACUAUUAUUAAAGAAAUUUUUUAUCUUUAAGUUUCUUUUUAAUUUCGUCCAAGAGAUAAUUUUUUUAUCCCGCUUAGUAAAAAUUUCAAGUCAUUCAAAGAAGCAUUCAAUCAAUUUUCAUUGCAAUCAAAGAUGUAUGUAUUAGAAUAGAAUUUUCAAAGAUUAGAUUAUAAGAAGCCUUUCAUCAAAUAAAACGUUUUUUGCUUGACUCGAGUGGAUUCAUAAAUAAAGAUUUGUGACUACCUGUCACAACAUCGUAAAA